AUGGCUGAAUAUAAUGUAACCAGCGACUCCAAUGUUUCUGGGAAUGACUCUUGCAGUUUUAUAGAAAUGCCCUAUUUAACCUACCUCUACUGUGUGGUGUUCAUCGGAGGACUACUGGGCGUCAUCUCCAUUUUAUUUCUACUGGUAAAAAUGAACACCAGGUCUGUGACUACAACAGCUGUUGUUAAUCUGGUGGUGGUUCACAGUCUUUUUCUCCUGACGGUACCUUUUCGCUUGAUCUACCUCAUCAAGCGAACCUGGAUGUUUGGUCUUCCCUUAUGCAAGUUUGUGAGUUCCAUGCUGCACAUCCAUAUGCACCUUACGUUCCUGUUCUACGUGGUGAUCCUAGUCAUCAGGUAUCUCAUCUUCUUCAAGCGCAAAGACAAAGUUGAAUUCUACAGAAAACUUCACGCUGUGGCUGCCAGUAUCAGCAUGUGGCUGUUGGUAGUUGUCAUUGUGGUACCCCUGGUUGUGUCUCAAUAUGGGUCUAAGGAGAAUUACAAUGAAAAACUCUGUUUUACAUUCCACAAAGAACUUUCCCGUGGGCCUGUGCAAAUUAUUAACUACAUAAUAAUUGUUAUUGUCAUAGCCAUUGUGGUAAUUCUCUUGGUCUUCCAGGUCUUCAUAAUUACGUCAAUGAUGCGAAAGAUUCACCACUCCUUGCUAUCCCACCAGGAGUUCUGGGCCCAGUUGAAAAACCUAUUUUUCAUAGGUGUCAUCCUUAUUUGCUUUCUUCCCUAUCAGUUCUUUCGGAUCUAUUACUUGCAAGUUGUGACACACUCAAGUAAAUGUGACACGAAUGCAGUAACUUACAAUGAAAUCUUCUUGAGCAUAACAGCAAUUAGCUGCUUUGAUUUACUGCUCUUUGUUUUGGGGGGAAGUCAUUGGUUUAAACAAAAGAUAAUUAACCUGUGGAAUUGCCUUUUGUGCAAAUAG